AAAGUUUUUGUUAGUGCCAGACUUGUACGGUCGCAUUGUAUGUAGACAGGUGAGAUGCAGUACGGGAAGGCCCAGCCGGCUAUGUAUAAACUCCAACGAACCAAGUCCAUCCAGCCAUGAAAGAGAGCCAAGAUAGGACCAACCAAGCGUCUCAGUAGCACGCGAAACAAUGGACAAAUCCAUCGGCGCGACACGUUUUGCAGCAAUUUUGCUUGUGGAAUGAUAAUGUUGGAGUACCUUAACUAUGGGUGCAAGUGGGCUGCUUUACGUUUGCUACGGCUCAGGCCAUUGGGAUGAUUCCUUUAGGCGGUCUUGGACCAGGUUCAACUGGGAGCCCUCCUCCUGAGCUGCUCCGGUACAAAAACUUCCUGUACUUGCUGGUAGUUGGCUAUGCAGCCAUCGUGGUGACCACCCUUUCUAUUGGUCAAGUGAGCCUGUCGUUCAACUAUAUGAUCAUGUUGAUUAUGGUCGCCUCGAUGGCCUCAAGAGCUGAUCAGUGCAUGAUGACCUGUAUUGCGCCGUUCUUUCUAUUUGGCAUACUAUCUGUGUUGUUUGACCUUGUCAAUGUCAUCGCCCUCCUCUCCGCUCCAUAUCCGGGAGCUGGCCACAUAUUUUCUAGUCAUUGCCCGGAACCUGUAGACUACAUUCUUCCGAAGAACGCCACAGUCUAUCUUACGGAUGCUGCGGUCAACGGCACCGCUGCAUACACUGUGCCAAAAGACACCCAGGUUAAGAUUCCAAGAGAUUUAUGCAGCGCUGUUUGGGUGGUGAGAAAUGUGAUGCUGCUUUUGGGAGCCGUUUUGGACAUUGUAGCGUCUCGCCUGGGAUACAAGAUGUUCAAAGCUAGCAUGGAGCUGAGCCUCGCGGAUGGACAGGAUCCAAACCAGAAUCAGGGGCCUUUGGCUCAGCAGCUCAUGAUGGCGCCACAGGGUGGAUUUGGUGGCCAAGGCGGCCAAGGCGGCCAAGGUGGCCAAGGAAAUGGUGGGAGAAAUGGCGGAGGACAAGCUGGGCAACGGCCACAGCAGUUCCAGCCAUUUCAAGGCUCAGGCCAGACACUGUCAGCGUAAGAGCAGGGAAGCGGGAGGAGUGAAUAGCAGCACGAUCUUCCAUGCAGUAACUCAAAUAUUUGUUCUAUACUUGUGCAAAGAGGCGCACAGGUCCCAGCAGCAUGGGCGGAGUCAUGACCUUUUGCAGUUGCGGAGACCUCUUUUGUUAGGAAUGUAUGAACACAACUUGCCGCUGGCAGCUAUCAACAUAUCGAACGGUUUGCAAACGCUGUUCAGCCACCUCUAGCAGACUCUAGCAGUUCCACUGAAGUAGUUUGGUUGUGUGUCCACGAAUGUCAUUUGGACGGCCCAGUCGCAAGAGCCCUUGUACAGUCUCGGACGGCCUCCUACACAUCGUGUCAAGUCAUGCGGCAGGCCUGCUUCCAAAGAAGCAGACCCAAAAUUGCAGAUGAUUCUGCGAAACCCUCCAGAAGCACGGGGUUGAAACAUGCAAAAACUGCCAUUGAAUGACAGUUCUGUUUAAUCAAGCGGCAGAAUCCCAAGCUUUCAGAUGGACAAUUGUGAGUCCACUAGUCGCUUUGCCAACGGCGGAAAAGAGUUUACAAGACUUGUGUCAGCAAAGGGCAUGAAUCCACAGCAAUAGAUCCAGUGUCGAACGCAGCUUGGUGGUGCACGUUGAAGCUUCAUAUAUAGUAUGUAUGUAUAUAAAUAUAUAUAUAUAUAUGAAGAGCCAGGUGCAAUUAAUUAAGAAGCUGCAAAGACUGUCAUGACAGGUGCAGGUCAGGACUUAAGCCAGG